ACACUUGCAUUCAGGUGAAGAAUAAUUAUUCAUUGGCAUCUGUGCGUGCUAGCCUCUAGUUAGAUCCUCAGAUAGUUGCUUUCCCGUACCAAUCGUAGUCUCUGAGAUAUCAAAUGGCAUUUAGAAGAGAGAGAUGCAGUUGGUGUGGUGUGCUACUUGAGCUGCCGCCGGGGGUGCAGGCAUUUCGGUGUGCCGUGUGCCAAUCUGUCACCAAAACUAACCUCUAUGAUCCUCCGCUGACUCAAGCUCAGAAUUCUCUAUACCGGGCGGCUAACUUGUUCAAAGGCCUUGUUGGUACUGUUGCGAACAACAUCCAUUCUCUAGCCAACUCAACCGGCAACUAUCCUGGAGUAUACACAUCAAACGAUGGCUAUUAUCCUCCGGCUCCGUCUCUGCCGCCGCUGCCUCUUUCUGUUCAUGGCAGGAAGCGUGCUUUGCUUUGUGGGGUAAGCUAUAGAGGGAAGAGGUACAUGCUCAAAGGAAGCGUCAACGAUGUGAGGUGCAUGCGCUACUUCCUGGUUGAGAAGAUGGGAUUCCGAAACGACUCUAUACUUAUUCUCUCAGAAGAAGAGACGGAUCAACUCAGGAUCCCAACAAAACAAAACAUCCUCAUGGCUAUGCGAUGGUUGAUCCAUGAUUGCCAAUCUGGUGACUCGUUGGUGUUUCACUUCUCUGGCCAUGGCUCAAGACAGCGCGAUUAUGAUAUGGACGAAAUUGAUGGGUUUGAUGAAUCCAUCUGGCCAGUUGAUCAUGAGAUUGCAGGGAAGAUACUGGAUGAUGAAAUUAACGCCACCAUUGUGAGACCACUGCCUCGAGGAGCCAAACUCCAUGCUGUAAUUGAUGCCUGCCACAGCGGAACCAUGCUCGAUCUACCCUUUGUAUGCAGGCUGAACCGAGAAGGUACCUACAGAUGGGAAGAUCACAGAUCAACCGUUUAUAAGGGCACGAGAGGUGGGCUAGCCCUCUCUAUUAGCGCUUGUGAUGAUAACCAGACCUCUGUGGACACUACGGCGUUAUCAGGAAGCACGGCAACGGGUGCCAUGACAUACAGCUUCAUUCAAGCAAUGCAAAAUGGGCAUGAACUCACAUACGGCCAUCUACUGACCGUUAUGCGUCAUACAAUUCGUGAGGCCCGCACUGGAGUGCGUCUUAACGGUCCAAUUGCAUCGCUUGUUAACAAACUGCUUGGUGCUGGUUUGUCUCAGGAACCUCAGCUAUCAUCAUCAGAAGUGUUUGACAUUUACGCAACAAAGAUUUCUCUGUGACUUGAGCUUUCAUGUUCUUAAUGAUUUGGACAUCAUCUAUCUGGAUGAUACGUGAGAAUACUUUCCUGGAGUUCUCCAUAUCAAAAGAAUAAUUUCUGCUAUAUUUCCUAUGUUCUAGUACAAUCUGCAAUGAGAAGCAUUUGCUCUCUUCCAUUCUUAGAGCUUAGAUAACAUAACUUCAUAUAAUAGCUCAAAAUGCUAUUCCUG